AUGUCUCCCAUUAAUGAUUGCAUGAAGGAGAGUAAGUUUCAGUGGACACCCGAGGCUGAGAAAGCGUUUUUGAUCAUUAAGGAGCGUCCGACUUCAGCCCCGAUACUUGCGUUGCCUGAUUUCACAAAACCUUUUGCAUUACAUUAUGAUGCCUCUAAAUUGGGUAUCGGAGCUGUCCUCAGUCAGGAAGGAAAACCAAUAGCUUAUUUCAGUCAGAAGUUGGCAGGGGCUCGUGGGAGUGAUCAUGAAGCCCUCAAGCAUUUGUUAAACCAGGAGUCUGUAUCUGCCCGUCAUGCAUCAUGGGCUGGUUCUUCUAAUCAUGUGGCAGAUGCGCUCAGUCGGUGGCAUGGGUUAUUAGCGCGGCUACAGGUAGCAGUCACCGGGUUUGAGACCUUUGUCUCUCUUUAUGCUGAUGACCCUUAUUUUGGCCCCAUCUAUCAUAGUUUACUGCAGGGACCCCAUUCCUCUUUUCUGUUAGAGGAUUGCCUUCGUCUGAAAUUGAUUGAGGAGUUCCAUGGUGAAGGUCAUGUUGGGCGAGAUCGUACUUUGGCUUUGAUUAGCGCUUCAUUUUCUAGCCUACUAUGCGUCGUGAAGUGGAGAAGUUUGUCUCACGAUGCAGGGUGUACCACGUGGCAAAGGGGAAAGCCACAAAAUGCUGGUCUUUAUCGACCCUUACCAGUGCAGCUCCGUGGACUGAUAUUAGCAUGGAUUUUGUCCUGGGUUUAG